CCUUUCCAUUCAAGAACGCAUGCGCUUUGUGUUUACAAGUUUCAGUAUAGCUGAAAAAUGGCGACGGUAAAGUCAUUGGAAGAUAUGCUCUCUUCCGAAGUGGAUGAGUCAGAUGUCGCUGCUCUUGUAGGUUCAUUAGAAUCCCAGUUAUCAUCAUCAAGCAUCCAAAUAUCUAGUCAAGGUGUAAAUACUUCAUCAGUAACUGUAAAUCAUGUAAAUAAUUCAAGUUUAGUCGAUUGUAAUGUCACUCGAUUGCUUGACGGAGCAAAACAAGGGGUCAUAGCUGCAAGCCCCGCUGUAUCUUUAAUCAAUGUUGGUAAAUCAACCAUAGUAUCAACUCCUGUUGCAGAUGCUAAUGCAGCGUCUGUUGCAUCCACUUCUAGUAAUGUUAUUGUUACAUUGCCUGGUGCGUUACCAGCCAGUGGUUACAUUACACAGGUUACAGGACCACCACAACAAACAUUUUUCACUCCUGUUGUCAGUGUAAGCAGGCAGUCGAACACUCCAGAAAUAAAAAGUCCAUUUUCAACUCAAUCUCAAGUCAACCCCACGUGCACGAUCAACACCCGUAGCAAGACUGCAGCUGCCUCAGUGCCCAAUGGUGGCACAGUUAAUCUACUCGGUGUUAGGCAAGCUUCAAUGGGUGCAAUCUAUGAUCUUGCAAAUGUUGCUUCGCAGCAAUCCCCCAUGCAGACUUCCAACACCAUUAUCACAACGUCAAUUCCUACUCCUCCUCAAGUUACUAAUGGCAAACAGGUGAUUGCUGUGAAAUCUCAAGUGGAACCUAAACAACCUCUGGAAAAGGGUAAAGCUGGAGUGAAUACUCGCUCCCAGGACAUCCAGCCUACCACUGUAGUACAGCAAGUAGCGAACAAUAUUGUGCAAGUCACAACUAACCCUACUGUUGUGUCCAAAAGCCAUGUUACAUCUAGUCAAGCAGUUAGUGUGGUGUCGCAGGUUGUGUCCAAUCCAAGCAUCUUGACUCCUGGUGUUCAGAUCAUGAACGUGGGUCCUAGACUUGGCUUAGCUGCUGGUCAAAAAACACUUGCUCCUCGCGUAGUCCUAGCCACAAAUCCUAUUAGGAUUGCUCCUCAGAUACUCACAGCACGUGCCGGAGUAUCUGGACAGGGGACUAUUACGCUUUCUCCUGGAAUGGUGAGGGGAGCUGUUAUCCUGAAGGCUGAAAAUGGUCAGUUACAAGUAAUGAAUUUGGCCGGAUCAUCUGGAAGUGCAAUACCUGGAGCUACAACAUAUCGUCUUUCAUCCCUUCCGCCUGGUGCAACUGGUGUUCGAGCUGUCACUCCACAACAUAUUGUUUCAGUUCCAGUUAGUACAGGUGGAUUGAAAACAUCGGCAACUGUGACAACUACAGCUCAAACUCUUGUGGGCACAAUUCUCCAAGGAUCUACUCCUUUAUCUGGAGUUAAUUCUCGUCUUUCAAGUCCUACUACUGUUAAAAGUGGAGUUAUCAAAGUUCUCAAUAAUGUUGUGCAAACAGGAGUAAAUGGCAGUCUGACUGCACCGCUUUCUGUUCAGACAACUUCUGCCAACACUCAGCCAAAUACACCAACACAAAUGUCUCCCAACACUGCAAAACAAAAAUGCAAGAAUUUUUUAUCAACUCUGAUCAGAUUAGCAGAUGAACAACCAGCUGCUGUUGCAAAGAGUGUGCGUAAUCUAAUUCAAGGCAUAAUUGAUGGCACAAUGCAAGCAGAGGAGUUCACAUCAAAGCUACAAAAAGAGUUGAACUCAGCACCUCAGCCAUAUUUAGUUCCUUUUCUUAAAAAAAAUCUGCCUUAUUUAAGGCAUUCAUUAAUUACAAAAGAACUGACCAUUGAAGGUGUUCGACCCCCUCCACCCAGUGCCAUCAUACUUCCUCAUCCUCAUGCAUCCAACUUAACUCAUCUUCAGCUUGGACAAAAGAGGCCUCUCUUACAACCCACUACUCAAGUACGCCUUAUGACAAACUCUGGUUCACCACUCACAACGCAACUUAUCACACAAAACACAACAACUCUAAAUCAAAGAUUUGCUGGGCAACUGAGGUCUACUGUUCCUAAUAACCAAUCCAAAAGUAUAUUGGUUGGAAAAACACUUGUCGGCUCAUCUGUUGCUGCAGCCUCACCAGCGACGGUUACUGCAUUGCAAUCUAAGUUUCCUUUUACUGCAAAACCUGCAUUCAUUAGUUCUGCAAAGGACCAAGGAAAAAGAGCUUUCUCUUCUCUCAGAGAGGAUGAUGAUAUAAAUGAUGUGGCUGCAAUGGGUGGUGUUAAUUUAAUUGAGGAGAGCCAAAAAAUUCUAGCUUCCAAUGCAGAAAUAGUGGGUACACAAAUCAGAUCUUGUAAAGAUGAAAGCUUCUUAUUCUCAUCUGCUUUAGAAAAGAAAAUACGUUUAAUUGCAAGAAAACUGGGUAUUGAAGAAGUUUCUCCUGAUGUUAUCAACUUAAUAUCUCAUGCAUCUCAAACAAGGUUAAAAACAAUGAUAGAAAAAUUGAGUAUAAUUUCUGAGCAUAGAAUGGAAAACAUUAAGAAUGAUAAUAGGUAUGAAGUUGUCCAAGAUGUGAGAUCUCAAAUAAAAUUUAUAGAAGAAUUAGACAGACUGGAGAAAAGGAGGCACGAAGAGCAAGAAAGGGAAAUCCUGCUUCGAGCUGCAAAGAGCCGGUCAAAACUAGAAGAUCCUGAGCAAUUAAAGUUGAAACAGAAAGCCAAAGAAAUGCAAAGAGCUGAACUAGAAGAACUACGUCACAGAGAAGCAAAUAAUACUGCUUUGGCUGCUAUAGGACCAAGAAAAAAAGCGAAAUUAGAUAACAGUUUAUCAUCUUCAAAUCAAGGUUUAUCGAGUCAGUUUACUGGUAGCUCUAAAUUUCAGCUUCGCCCCCGUGUGAAACGAGUAAACAUGCGAGAUCUGCUGUGCCUCAUGGAGCAAGAGAAAGACACUAUUCGCAAGUCUGUGUUGUACAAAUCUUAUGCUAAGUGAGCCAUAAACAUAUCUUCCACAUAGUGCCACAUUGUGUUCUUCUUUUCAAAAUGUGUUCCAACUUUGCAUACUUAAACGCAGUUUGUGGAGAUGCAUCUUAAUCCAUCCAUUCUUUCAUUGUACAUAUGUAUUAAAGAACAGAUAAAAAAAAAUAAAAAAAACAAGACAGUAUAGUGAGAAGUAGUAAACAUUGACUUUUUCCUAAGUGGUGCUUCAAGGAAAGAAACAAAGCACUUUCUAAAUUUUAUACACACAACUAUGAAAUUUGUACAUAAUAAAUUCGGCUGUACUGCCAGAAUUUAAAUAUAUAAAAGAAUAAAUAUAUGUACAUAUAUAUUUAGAAAUAAAACUUCAUUUUGCUGUGUACAUAACUAAUGAUAAAAUUGUGAUGUUUUUAAUUUAUGAAAUUUCUUUUUCAUUCAAGUCAUCUGGAAAAAAAAAUUCUAUAGAUUUUAUGUUAAUGUAAUGAGCCAUAGUUUUUUUGUUUUUUUUUUUCUUUACUGUUAAUAUUUACUUGGACAAACUGUAGCACAAUUUUUAUUACAUUUUGUUGUUAAUAAAUAUAUUUGUGAUUUUAAUUUAAUUGUUUUUUAUCCCGCUAUUGAGUUGUUGUGUUGGCUGUUUGUGUUUUAGUUUUUUUCAUUUUUACCUGAAAGCCAAAUUUUUUGUUACUGCUUUUUAAAAGAGUAUUGGACUGUGAUUUGAUGCCAGAAAACUUCCAUUUUUCAUAUGCCUAAUAAACUUCUUGUGUGUUCUAUUUAGUCCUUUUCCAAUCUUUUAUGAUGCUCAAUAAGUUGAGAAAAUCAGCUAUUUGUCAAUAUCAGUUUCCGAAUACCAGCUCUCGUGUGUGUAUUUUUUCCUUUCUCUUGAAAAUUUA